AACGCGGAUUCCAGAUAUAGAGAGAGGAGGCGAGCGCAACUGACGGACUCACUGAGCGUCUGAACACAACUAGCCGACCACUCAUUUAAGCCCGUGGCAUUUAUGGAUAUUACUAGGACGUCGCCGUUUCGAAUCCGUGGGAUAUAAACAUUCUUUGUUUCUAUUUCUUCCUUCCACCCACCCCUUUUUUUUAUUUGUUAUUUUCUAUCCUCAUGGGUGAACAUCGUUCCUCUUCCUGCCCGUCCUCUUACGCUGAUUUACCUGGCUAACCCCCCAACACUAUCCUACACCCUCCAUCACCCCACUCCCCCAACCCCCUUCAUAUUGUAGCUGCACCACCUUGGAUCGGGCGGAACCCGUUGAUUCAUCACUUCAUGGGGCUCGCUUUCUUGCACGGAAAAUGUCCCUUUCUUUGUCACUGAGCGCCCCUCUGAAACAGCCAACGUCUGGACCGGAGUUGUUGGUGCGUGUCUACCACUUCUGCCCAGCUCGCUUGUGUAGUCGGGGAGCGCCGCUGAACUGAGAUGGGUCUGUCGGUGGCGGUGGAGCCCCGACGCCCGAACCAGGGGAGCCGGACAGUGGGAGAUUGGGUCUGGAUCACCGUUGUUUCGUUUCUCGCCACUUUACCUGUAGAGCAACUUUGCGCUUUCCCGUCUUCCCUGAGCGACUGUCAGACGCCUACCGGCUGGAACUGCUCUGGUUUUGAUGACCGGGACACAGAUCUCUUCUUGUGCGACACCAACACCUGCAAGUUUGAUGGAGAAUGUUUGAGAAUUGGAGAGACCGUGACAUGCAUCUGUAACUUCAAGUGCAACAAUGACUACGUCCCUGUGUGCGGCUCCAACAAUGAGAACUACCAGAACGAAUGUUAUCUACGCAGGGAUGCCUGCAAGCAGCAGUCUGAAGUGCUGGUGGUGUCAGAGGGCUCUUGUCCUGUCGAUGUCGGCUCAGGCUCGGGAGAUGAUGGGGGUGAGGGGUCAGCGGAGACUGGGCAGAAGGAGACGUCUACCUGUGACAUCUGCCAGUUUGGGGCAGAGUGCGAUGUGGACGCAGAGGACGUAUGGUGCGUGUGUAACAUUGACUGCUCCCACAUCAGCUUCAACCCGGUUUGCGCUUCAGAUGGCCGUUCCUAUGACAACCCCUGCCAGGUGAAGGAGGCGUCUUGUCAGAAGCAGGAGAGGAUCGAGGUUAAAUACCUGGGCCACUGCCAAGGUGACAUCAUGACAGGGACCAAAGCCGGAGACGGACACUAUGCCAGGAAAGACUACUCAGAAGAGAAGCCGGACCAGAGAGGAGAGGUGGCCAUAGGGUUGUAUAUUCCCUGUCCCGAGCACUACAAGAACUACUGUGUCCACGGAGAGUGUGAAUACCCCAACAUACUGUCUGUGCCGUCCUGCAGCUGUCACUCAGGCUUCAGCGGGCCCCAUUGUGACACUAAGGAGUUCAAUGUGCUCUACGUGGUCCCCGGCUCUGGCAAGCUGCGCUACGUCCUCAUCGCCUCCAUCAUCGGAGCUCUGCAGGUGGCCAUCAUCUGUGUGGUGGUACUCUGUAUUACCAGGAAGUGCCCGCGGAGCAACAGGGUCAAUCGGCAGAAGCAGAACGCCACCCACUACAGCUCAGAGAACACCAUGCGCGCCUCCACCCGCCUCAUCUGAGUGAGCCUCCCCAGGGAAACCCUAAGACCCGCUCCGCUCUGGGUCCAAAUUGCACCAUAGACACAGAUCUAGGAUCAGCUUUACCCUUCUUUCCUUCAAUCCCAACCUGAAUUAACUAUAAGGGAGUGGGUGGUGGGAGGGGGACAAAACUGACCUUAGAUCGGCAUCUAGGAGGUCGCGCAAUCCCCAACUCGCCGACCCCGAUCAUGAGGAAUAGAACAAUGGGGAGUGGGGGGGAAACAAUGGGGGGGGGGG